GCAGCCCAUGCUCCACGCCCUCAGGAACGGUUUGGCUGGAACUGGCGUGGCAGCAGUCCUCCUGGCUGGAGCCAUGGUGGCAGCACUGAUCCACCACCACAAUUUCGGACUAGGGACCUAGGUUUGUAGGGAUUAUCAUUUCUCUCACAGGCCGCUUAGGCGGCAUUCCGUGCUUAGGAGGCCAUAUUCACCCCCGUGGUUAGCUGUAUGUCGCGCGCAAUUUGACUGGACCGCGAGACGCGAUCUACGGACAGGAAGACGCGGAGUAGCAUUUCAGAUUUCUUCGGAUCUUUGAGCUGAUCAUUCUAAUAGUCGAUCCUGAAUAGUAGAACGUCAAAUCGGCUGCGGGUGUAUAAUAGAUCACACGCAGCAGCAACAGCCAUGGCUCUCGAUCCACUCGAUUCGUCUCCCCCUCCUCCCGCCCACACUUCCCCCUCUCCCUCCGCCGACGUCCCCCCCGGCCCUCCGCCCUCCGCCAUUCCCCCGGGCGACAGCACCGCCGCUCCCUCCUCGUUGCCGCGUAGCCCUAAGGGGAGUGACAAUGGGAGCGAUAAGGAGGACGAUAUGCUUCUACAGCCGUUGGUAGACUACGGUACUAUGGACGACUGGGAUGACGAUGCUGACGUGGAAGACGAGCUUCUCAGGCCAGCUGUCGAGCGGGUCGGUGAUUCGCCCUCCCGCCCUCCUCACUCCCCCUUGCCGGUUGCGGGAACGAGCGAGGGGGUAAGGGCGGGAAGGAAAGGGGAAGAAAGGGAGGAGGAGGAGGAAGGUGCGAGGAAGGGCGGGGGGUGGGGCAAGGGAGGGGAGCAUGAGGAGGAGGGCGAGAAGGGGAGCAGUGCAGAUCGUGAAGCAGUUUUAGAGGGCGGUGUUGGGGAAAAAGAGGAGGAGAGUGGCGGGGAGGGGAGAGGGGAGAGAGGGGAGAGAGGGAAGAGAGGGGCGAGAGGGGCGAGAGGGGAGAGAGGGGAGAGGGGGGAGAGAGGGGAGAGAGACGGAGGAGACAGAGUGGAGGAAGUGGAUGAGUUUGGUAGGGUUGUGCGCAAGGGAGAGGGGAUUGAGAGCGAUGAAGAUGUUAUGGGUGAGAGGAAAGGGAGGAGGAGGAGGAGUAGAAGCAGGGAGAGGCACCGGGCAAAGAAAAGAAGCAGGAGCAGGAGCAGGGGGAAAGGGAGAGGGAGGAGCAGAAGCAAGAGUAGGAGCAGGAGCAGGAGCAGGCGGAGAGGGAGGAGCAGAAGCAGGAGCCGAGGGCGGGAUGGAGGUGCGGAGGAGAGAGGAAGGCGAGGCAGCUCACCUGAUGGCAGUAGCAGGAGAAGCGCGUCCCCCCAUGGCAGUCGCCCCCGGGAGGGGAGGGCGCGGGGAGGAGGGAUGCGCGUUUCCCGCUGGGGUGAGGGUGCUGGGGAGCAGAAGGAGGGGGAGGAGCACAGGGAAGAGCCGCGGGAGGAGGGAAGGUGGGAGGAGGGGAGAUGGGAGGAGGGGAGGUGGGAGGAGGAGGCUGAAGAGGAGAGGCCGCAGAGGGGAGGGAGAAGCGAGAGGGAGGGGGGGCAGGACACCAGGAAGGAGAGGCAUGAGAGGGGGAGGAGGGAAGGAUGGGAGGGGCAGGAGGGACGGCGUGAAAGGAGAGAUAGCCGGGGGGAGGACAGGCAUGAGCGGGGAUGGGAGAGGGAGAGGGAGAAGGAGAGGGAGAGGGAGAGAGAGCGGGAGAGGCAUGUUGGCAAGGGGGAUGAGAGGGAGAAGGAGAAUAGUGCAGGCUGGGAAAGGGAUAGGCGGGAUGACGGCAGAGAGGGGGGGAGUGGAGUAAGAGAAAGGGAAGGGAGCGGGAGAGGACGAGAGGGGAGGCGGUCUGAGGAGGGCGAUAGGGAGGGAGAGCAUUGGAGGGAGAGGCACGCGAAUGGGAGGGAAGAGGGGAAAGAAGGGGUGGGGGAAGGGGUGAGGGAAGGGGAGAGAGAAGCACGGAGGGAUGUGGGGCGGUCCAGUGGGUGGGAUGACGCCGGGCAAUGGUCAAAAGGUGGUGAAGCAGAGGGGGAGGCUGUAGAUGCAGCACGGAAAAGGCCUGGUGGUGAUGAUACUGCUACUGGGGUCGCUGCUGCUGCUGCUGGAGCUGCUGCUGCUGCUGGUGAGAAGCUAGAGGGAGCGGUUUUAGAUGGGGGGCAGGAGGACGGGAAGGAGGGUAAGGAUGAGGGGGAAGGCCACGCAGCAGCAGCAGCAGCAGGUGGGUCGCGGAAAUGGGCCUCCAAAUGGGACAAGUCUGGCGGAAAAAGUGCCACUACUGCUGCUGCCCCUCCCGCUGCUCCUCCCUCUGCUGCUCCCCCGGCUGCUGCCCCCACUGUUUCUGCCCCUGCUGCCUCUGCCCCUGCUCCGUCUGCCCCCCCACCCUUUCCUCUUCCAGGCCUGCAACACCCCCACCAGCAGCCUCCCCAUCAGCAGCAGGGAUCAUCCACAGCCCCUCCAUUCAAUCAUCAGCCUCCUUUCAGGCCUGCAUUCCCUCCCGCUCCUGCCUCCCACCCCCCCUUUGGCGCCGCCCCUCCUCACGCUAGCAGUUACCCUCCAGGACCACCUCACCAGCAGCAGCAGCACUCUAACUACCAGCAGCAGCAGGGACAGGGAUACAGGCAGGGGCAAGGGCAAGCUCCGCCAUGGGCUCCCCAUGGGCCCCCACUUCCGCCUGUUCCCCCUCCCCCACUGCAGCCUCCGCCUAGCAAUCCCCCUCCCCCGCUGCAGCCUCCCCCGCCCCUUCCCCCCAACCCCCCGCCUCCUAUGCCUGGGGCGCAGCAGCAACAUCCCCUCCACCAGGCGUUUAGGGGGUGGCCGCAGGGUCAGAUGGGGGGAGUGGGCGGACCAGGGGGGGGAAGAGGGGAGGGAGCAGGGGGAGGGGGCGCAUGGGAGGAGUAUGACCCAUUGGCGGAUUGCAUGGAUUUGGCGGAUGGGGAAAGCAAUUUAGGGGGGCCUUGGAACCAGCGUCAGCAGCAGCAGCAGCAGCAGCAGCAGCAGCAGCAGCAGCAGCAGCAGCAGCAGCAGCAGCAGCAGCAGGGGGGUCCAAUGCCACCGUUUACCUAUAAUUUUCCUGGGCACUCUCAGCCGUUCAAUGCCGCCCAUUCCCAGCCCCAUCUUCAGGGCCAGCCACCCCCUGCCAUGGCUCCUCACUUCAACCAACAACUACCACCUCCUCCUCCACCACCACUGCAACCGCCACCACCACAUGCGGGGGGGCCGCCUUUCCCUGUGUCCAAUGCAACCACCAGUGCCCCCCUCCAUGCGUCUUCCUUCCCCCAGCUUCCUGCUGCCCCUGCGCACCCUUCUCUCUCCGCGUCUGGCCUCUCCCCUGCCCUGGCUUCGGCCCUCGCGAAUGCUGCUGCUGUUGUCGCUGCAGCAGCUGCACCGGCAGGGGCACCAGUACCAUCCCUUGCAGCAACAGCAGGUUCAGGGGCAGGUGGAGGGGCAGCAGCAGGAGGAGAGGGGGGCGGAGGAGGAGCGGGAGAUACGGUGCAAGUACCCGUACCCACACUGCCGCUGCCACCGCCACUGCCAGGAUCACAACCUGCCGGGAAUGAACCUGGUCCUGGUGAUGGAACAGAUGCAAGCAAGCGUGGUGGUGUGCCUGGGGCAGAAAACGGCGGGGCGUCUUCAGAUGACAAGGGAAAGACGGAGGAGGACGAGGUGUCUAUGGAGGUAGAUGGGAGGGAUGAGGAUGAGAAAGACAGUCUGGGCGGGGGCAUGGAGGGAGAGAAGCCAGGCGGGGAAGGGGAGAAGGGGACUGGUCGGGAGAAAGGGAAGGGCGGUGAGAAGGAGAGGGCUGGGAAGAAGGACGGUAAGGGUGGGAGCAAACAUGAGAGCCGGGAGGAGAAGGGGGGAGAUGGGAAGAGUAAAGGUGGGAUGAGCAGCAAGCAGGCUUUGCUGAGAGUGGGUGUGGCAGAAGUGGUUAAAGAGGCGCUUAAGCCGGUGUGGAAGGAGAGGGGACUGACCCGAGAGACAUAUAAGACGAUUGCAAAGAAGGCAGUGGAGAAGGUGGUGGGGGCGGUCCAGGAGAAGCACCUGCCGAAGAACGAGAGGCAGGUGCAGGCGUAUCUCAGCGAGCACAGGAAGGAGCGGAUCACCUCGCUGGUUCAGGCCUACGUGGACAAAUACAAAAAGGCUUGACCAUUGGGAGUGUGGAUGAAGGGCACCUAUGAGCAGCUGAGUGUGCUCAUGCCUGUGGGCCAUGCAUUCAUUCGUCCUGUCAGCGAUUGCAAGACGAAACCCCUCCAUGUCGGCACUCGUAGAUGGGGCAUGCGAUUAUGCAAGCAGGAUGUGGGAUAAUGCAGAUAGGGAGAACCUUUUAUGAAAAGGCUUGCCUUGGAUUAUAAGGGGAGUAAAUAGAUGUUGAAACAAUCAGCAUUGAUCAAUUACAGCAUAUU